AUGUCGUCGUCCGCCGAAGCGCCGUGCGAGGCGGCGCCGUGGGUGGUGGGAGUGACGGCGCGCGCGCCGAGCAACAUCGCGGUGAUUAAGUACUGGGGAAAGCGCGACGAGGCGCUUGUGCUGCCGCUUAAUGGCAGCGUGAGCGUGACGCUCCACGUGGACCAGCUAGCCGCCGAAACCACCGUCGCCGUCAGCCCGUCGUUCACUGCGGACCGGCUCUGGCUCAACGGCAAGGUGCGUUCCGUGCAGGUCGUACCUGUUCAUGGCAAGGUGCGUUCCGUGCAGGUCGUACCUGUUCAUGGCAAGGAGGUGGCGAUGAGCAGCCACCGCUACAGCAACUGCCUGGCUGCCCUGCGUGCACGCGCCUCCUCCACGCACUGGCGCCUGCCCGCUCCAGGGACCACACAGCAGGGCGGGCAGGGAGGGGGCGAGCAGGAGGAGGUGGAGAUAGGAGCGGGGCAGUGGCAGCAGCUGCGGGUGCACGUGGUGUCGGCUAACAACUUCCCCACCGCUGCUGGCCUCGCCUCCUCCGCUGCUGGCUUUGCAUGCCUCGUGUUCGCCCUGGCAGAGCUCAUGGGAGUGAAGGAGGCAUACCCGGGGGAGCUCUCAGCCAUCGCCAGGAUGGGAUCUGGCAGCGCGUGCAGGAGCCUGUACGGCGGAUUUGUCACGUGGGACAAGGGCGAGCUAGAAGACGGGAGCGACAGCAUGGCGCGGCAAGUCAAGGCAGAGGACCACUGGAGCGACCUGGUCAUCAUCAUUGCAGUGGUGGAGGAGAGGGAGAAGGACAUUGGCAGCAGCGAGGGCAUGAAACGGUCCGCCCAGACCUCCAAGCUGCUGCAGCUGCGCGCUGAGCAUGUGGUACCAGAGCGAAUCACAGCAAUGGAGGCAGCCAUAGCAGCGCGCGACUUCCCCUCAUUUGCACGGCUGACCUGUGCGGACAGCAACCAGUUCCACGCCACGUGCCUCGACACGGCGCCGCCCAUCUUCUACCUCAAUGCCACGUCGCGCCGCGUGAUUGGCUUCGUGGAGGAGUUUAAUGCGCAGGGGGAGCAGCCAAGGGCAGCGUACACAUUUGACGCGGGGCCCAACGCGGUCAUGUUUGUGGAGCGCCACAACGCCACGCACUUCCUCUCCGCCUUCCUGCAACGCUUUCCCCCACCCGGCAGCAUCCCACUCUCCAG